UACUUUUCUCCUUUUUUCUAUUUUUAUUUUUACCUUCCUUUUCUCCACUCUCUCCGUCUCUCUGAGUGCUUCAGUCAUCACUCUGCUCUCUCAUUCAUCCUCUGUCUCGUCCUGACAACUUUCCUCCUCACUCUGACUGCUGAAGAGAGUGCGAAGAAGAAACCGGAGCACGUGACAAUUUCCGGAGUUCAAUUUAUUUAUUAAUUUUGUCUAUUUAUUUAUUUAUCUACCGUUGCCUUGCUGGGUUACCAACCCCCCUUGGAUCCGAACCAAAUAUGAAAUUGCUGCUCGACUCCUCCUCGUCGCUCCUCUUCUCGCUGCUAUUGGCCCAGCUGCCUGUCUUCACGUCUGCCUCCCCGGUACCGCAGCGGCGGCCCACUGACAUGGAUAAACUGUCCAAUCAGACCAAAAAUCUAAUGAAGCUCACCCAAGAACUGCUGAGGGAGCAUGCAUUUGCCUCAGACGUGGAGCCCCACAGGUUCAGCUCUCUGCCAGAAAUGAGCAACAGAUCAGCCAAUGACCUCAACAAUCUUGAGCUGAAGCCCACACUCUCUCAGCUGCACGCUGACCUGAAGCUGUAUGAGCACCACUUUGAGUGGCUCAACAAGGUUUCAAAGAAGCACCACCACCCUGCACUGCCAAAGCUGGUGGAGAUGAUCAGAGAAAUGAAAUCUCUCAUCAAUCUGCUGCACCGUCAGAUGUUGAGAGUUGAAGCACCGAGGCUGACUCAGGCGACCCCCUCCCUCCCCCCUCACCUCCCCUAUCAGUUUGACGUCUUGCAAUCCAGCCACGAGCUUCUUCAACACUUCAAGCUCUUCUGUGACUGGGCGUACAGAGCAUUCAUCAGCCUCAAGCCCAAAGUCUCUGCAGUGCAAUGACGAUCCAUUCGUUCUUCUCCUUUCAACCACAUGGCUGCAGAGUCGGUGAGGACACACAGAGUACCGCCUCAGCCAAAGGGGAAUUAGGACCGCGUCAGUGUGCACCGUAGUUAAUAGCAUCCCUUAAGAGGCCCAAACAUCAACCAAUGACUUCUGUGUUGAAGAAUGUUUUUCCAUCAGAGCCAAUAAGGAUGCGCGAUACACUGCAGCCAGUCACAACCAUCAAGACUCCUGCCAGUUCAACUACGAUGUCACGAUCCCCAAAACUCUCUCCUAAAGGCCUUGUUCAUGUUAUUUAUGUAUUUAUUUAUUUAUUAACUGUUGGUAAUUUAUUUAAUUUUAUUUAUUUGAAGUUGUAAUGUGUCACUCUCAUCUUUAUUUUUCUGUUUUAACGUGAAUUUAA